GCUGUGGACAACACAGAGCUAGCCAAUUUGUGUAUAAAAGACAGAGACAGUGCUUGAUCUGCUGUUUCUAGCUGAAGUGAAGAUGCGGUCAUCACUAAUAAAAAGGCACAACAAAUUCAGUGUAGUUUUCAUAAACAGCUUCUAUAAUCUUUGACUCUCUUUGAAUGGAACAGUUUCAGAUCUUGACCGGAUGUACUGUGAACUAAAAAGGAGCAUUUAAAAAACUACGGUAGUCUGUUCCUGUUGACCUAUUAAGAUUUUAAAUUCUCACUGACCAGAAUUUAUUGAUGGAUGAGUACACAUUUUAACCACAUACUGAUUUUGGGUUAUUUAUAAGUGCAUAUUUCAUAUGAAUUGAACAUUUUAAGAGAAAGCAUACCUUUAGACUGUAUUACUUUGUAGAUUUUUAGUUUGCAAACAAAUUUGAAAGACUUCAGAACCAACCAGCCUUUCUAUAAACACAUUUGAACUAGGCUGUGCUAAGACAUCAAAGUAAUCUUUUUCUUCACUUCGCACAGCCAUAAAAUAUUGAAAGAAGGAACAAAGACAAAGGUUUGGUCAUCCAAAAUGAACACUUUUUCUUCAGGACUGCAAGGUGUAUUCCGAAAUCUCUGGAAGGAUGUCUGUUUUCGAGUCUGUAGCAGAAAGGAAAACAUGGAAGUGGAUCAUAUUCACAUGUUACAGCAAAUGAGGAUUGCUGAGAUCCCCUUGUUUGAGGCUAUCAAGGAGAAUAAUAUCCCAGCUAUUAAGAAACUACUCCAGUGCUCCUCAACAGACCCCUUCCAGAGAGGUGCUCUUGGAGAGACAGCUCUACACAUUGCUGCACAGUAUGAUAACUAUGAAGCAGCACAUACUCUCUUGAAUGCGGCUCCAGACCUUGUGAAUGAGCCCAUGUUGUCAGAGUUCUACAGAGGACAGACAGCCCUGCAUAUUGCAGUAGUAAAUAAGAAUGUGAAACUUGUAAAGCUGUUUAUCCAAAUGGGAGCUGAUGUUGUUACACCACAAGCAACUGGAUCCUUCUUCAGAAAGUUCCCAGGCAACCUUAUCUACUAUGGAGAACACAUAUUGUCCUUCGCUGCCUGUGCAGGGGAUUUUGAGAUUGUAAGGCUGUUGAUUGAAAAAGGUGCCAACAUCACUGCACGAGAUUACCUUGGAAACACUGUGUUUCAUAUUCUGGUUUUGCAGUCCAACAAGACUUUGAGUUGUCAGAUGUAUGACACCAUUAUGGAAUAUGAUGAGAAAGAAAGUGGAGUUCCAUCUGAUCAGAUCCCAAACAAAGAGGGGCUGACACCUUUUAAACUUACAGCUAAGGAAGGAAAUAUCAUUAUGUUUCAACAUUUAUUGCAGAAGUUGAUGCAUGUACAGUGGACAUAUGGGCCCUUGAAUUCUACUCUUUACAACAUUACAGAAAUUGAUUCUUGUGGCGAAGACCUUUCUAUCUUACAACUAAUUGUCAUUUCUGAAAAUAAAGAGGCACAUACUAUUGUAGACAUGACUCCAGUAAAGGAAUUAGUGGGACUGAAAUGGCAUAAGUAUGGAAAGCACUACUUUCGAGCUCUUGGGUUCAUUUACCUGAUAUACAUCUCCAUCUUCACUGCCUGCUGCAUAAAUCGCCCACUGAUGCCACGUCCCGACAAUGCCACAGAUCCAACUGAUCUCAUGAUGUAUGUGCAGAAACCGUUGAAGGACUGUUACACUACAAAAGCAGAUUAUGUACGAUUAGUUGGGGAGAUCAUCAGUCUCAUUGGAGCAUCGACAAUUAUGUUUAUAGAGAUUCUUGGUAUCCUGCGGUUUGGUGUGAAGACCUACUUUUUCCUAACAGUUCUUGGCGGUCCUUUCCACACCAUUGGUAUAUGUUACUCUACAUUGGUGUUGAUUAUUCUGAUCAUAAGACUGUCCAGCAGUGAUGGUGAAGUGGUGCCAAUGUCCAUGGCCCUCAUUCUGGGAUGGAUGUACAUCUUGUAUUUUGCACGAGGAUUCAAGAUGUUAGGGCCAUACACUAUUAUAAUUCACAAGAUCAUUUUUGCUGAUGUCCUACGAUUUAUAUGGAUAAUGAUCUUUGUGAUCUUUGGCUACACUUCAGCAUUUCAGAUUAUAUUUGAGAGUCAAAAUCCUUCUGGAAUUCCAGCAUUCUAUCAGUUUCCAAUGGCGCUUCAGAGUACUUAUGAUCUGUUCCUGAAUGUUCUGAAUGUCCCUACUAAUUAUAAUAUGGAUCUCCCAAACAUGUAUAUACUCGUCUAUAGCUCCUUCGCCAUGCUCACGUCAGUACUCAUGCUCAACUUACUUAUUGCUAUGAUGGCAGACACAUAUUUUAGAGUGGCAAGGCAACAGGAACUAAUUUGGAGAAUUCAGGUUGUUGCAGCAAUGCUUCAGUUGGAACAAAGAAUGCCUAGAUGGCUUUGGCCACGGGCUGGGAUCUGUGGAAAAGAAUACGGACUUGGAGACCAAUGGUAUCUGAGGGUAGAAGACAAAAAGAACUCACCACCAUCAGAUAAUACCAACAUAGUAGUUCCUCAGACUCUAAUGAGAAAUGGGGCACAAAACAAGUUCUGGAACAUUGUCCGUCAUGCAAUCAAAAAGAAGGCUUUUAAGGAACAAACCAAUGCAUCAGAUGAGGUUAUAUAUCACCUCUGAGAUCAAGUUGCUUAAAAUCUAGAUGGAGAAAUCAGAUUAACUUGAUAUUUGCCUUCUUCAAAAAUGUGAACUUGUAGUAAUGCAACUGCAAAAAAGAUGUUAAAUCUUAAAUAGAAGGGGGCAGGAAUUCCAGAGAUGGCAUGGCAGCAAAUUCCAAGCUUUAAUUCUUAAUGUGAAAAUAAAUUCCUGAAGUUGUUUUCCUGUAUGUCUGAGUUUAUUUUACUAUUUUAGAUCAUAAAUGGUUUCCUGAUACUGUAGUUAAUCAGUUUACAAAAACUGGAUGAAUCAAAAUGUAUCUCAACUUUGUCGCAUAUAUGUUGAUGUAUUACAUGGUGAAAAUGGUUGAAACAAAUAUUACUUUAGUCAUCUAAUUCCUGUUUAUCCAUUACUCCAUAUUAGCUGCAUUUCUAAAUUGGGUCCUAGAUAACAUUUGUCUGAUAAUUUGAAUUCUGCAUGAUUCCAACACAUUUAAUUUCUCUGUGAAUAAUUAAAUAUUGUUAUGUUCCACAGGCUUGUAUAAUUUGUCUUGUAAGUUCUGUGAUGUAAAGGGUGACUAUGGGUUUUCUUUUCAUUGAUUUUGAUGUACUGCAGGAAGUAAACAAUGAAAUAGAGUCUGUAUUUUAUAGUUUUGAAUUAUAUUAUAACCUUAUAAUACAGAUAUCUACUUAAUGGUAUUUUAAAGUGUUAGCUGAGAGAAUAUGCUACAAAAAAUAAACAAUUAUAAAUGGCCUGUCUGCGGAAAAUGUGCAGUCUUCCAAAUUAUCUUCAUUUACCUAAGAUGAUGUGAGGCUAUUUGCUGUAUAUUCAGCUUGGUAAAGUUUUAACUGAUAUAAUUAAUACUAAAAAAUACAGACAGUAGAUGAUAGCCCUGAAAACAACCAAAGCUGAGUCAUACAUACAAUGUACCUGAAGGUGGCUGUUGAAAUAAAUUUACUCUGUUAAUUUAGUUCAUGUCAUGAUGCAGCCUUUACUACAUUAAAGGAAUAUAUCCCAAUGUGAGUACAAUAAAUUAAAAUAAAUGGUAUUACUAACUGCUGAUGUCAA